AUGAGCAAUAACGGCGAUGUUGGGCUCCUCCCUUAUUGGGGUGACGGGACUGCAGCACGGUGCUAUGGGGGGCCGGCAUGGGUCAGUGCUCGUCCCAGCUGGGACGAGCUGUGGGUCGGCAGGACGAGAGGGGAUAGCCCCACGGACGCCGGUUCACAACCCGACCGAGCCCUCACCGCUCCUUGUGCUGCAGCAGCUGCUGGAACUGCUCGGCCGAGCCCGCAACCGCCACCUGCCCCGCCGCCAUCACCGCGCCGCAGGAAGGAGGAGCGACUCGGGGGUCACGUGACACAACCGGCCGCGCAGGCGCAGACGGGGCCCGCGCUGCGGCGGCAGGUGCUGACGGACACUCCGCGCAUGCGCCGCGGGGCUGAGGCGGGAGGGGCGCUCAUAGAAAAUGUUCUUAGUUUCACUUACAGUUUUGUUCCCAGGAAGACAUGGAUUUGUGUAUGUGUGUCUGUGACAAAUGAAACCUCUACAGUGCAUAAUUGUUACUUAAAAGUAAAUGCUGUUUCUUAUUCUUUUUAUCUUUUUUUUUCUUUUAAUAGACCACUUGUAGUUGUCCACUUCUGGGCACCAUGGGCUCCCCAGUGCGCUCAGAUGAACGAGGUUAUGGCCACUCUAGCGAAGGAACACGCACAGGUUACAUUUGUGCAGCUGGAAGCUGAAGCUGUGCCUGAAGUGUCUGAAAAAUACGAAAUUAGUUCUGUUCCAACGUUCUUAUUCUUUAAGAACUCUCAGAAGGUUGACAGAUUAGAUGGUGCUCAUGCCCCAGAGCUGACCAAAAAAGUCCAACGCCACGCGUCCAGCACUUCAGUUUCUGCUGGUUCUAAUGACAGUGCAAAAGAAGAUCUUAAUGCACGUCUGAAGAAACUCAUCAAUGCUGCCCCUUGCAUGCUGUUUAUGAAGGGGUCUCCAAAAGAACCUCGCUGUGGUUUCAGCAAACAGAUGGUGGAGAUACUGAACAAACACGGUAUUUCAUUUAGCAGUUUUGAUAUUUUUUCUGAUGAAGAAGUUCGUCAGGGGCUGAAAACAUACUCUAAUUGGCCAACUUAUCCACAGUUGUAUGUAGCUGGAGAGCUAAUAGGUGGACUUGAUAUUAUCAAGGAACUUGAGGCUUCUGGAGAACUGGACACAAUCUUUCCGAAGGCGCUGAAGCUAGAGGACAGGCUUAAAAGCUUGAUAAACAAGGCUCCUGUAAUGCUUUUUAUGAAGGGAAACAAACAGACUGCCAAGUGUGGAUUCAGCAAGCAAAUCAUAGAAAUUAUGAACAAUACUGGCGUUGAUUAUGAGACAUUUGACAUCCUGGAGGAUGAAGAGGUGCGGCAAGGAUUAAAAACCUUCUCAAACUGGCCAACGUAUCCUCAGUUAUACGUGAAAGGUGAACUUGUCGGAGGGCUGGAUAUUGUUAAGGAACUGAAAGAAAGCGGCGAGUUGUUGCCUGUUCUGAAGGGAGAAAAUUAACGCCGAGGGUCAGCGGUGGGAACUGGAGUACUCGGAACAAUUCCUCAUUUAUAGAUUGUAUUGGAGCAAUAUGUGACUUAACCCUGUGGAGCUAAGCAGAAGUAAAUAAAGGCUUCUUGUGCAUUCAGUGUAUUUCACAGGACCCUGCUAUGAGUGACAGUGUGUGUUUGCACUGAAGGGACAAACAUGCCAAGAUCUUCAAUUAAAAUAUAACGUGAGAGGAGUUUGGGGUUUUUGUUACACUUCCUAACGUAUUCAUUGCAUUGAGGUGUUUAAGAACCGAGUAAUGGCAGUGCUGCCUGUUGCACUGUUAUAUAGGGCUAAGUUGCAUCUGUCAUUAGGAAAAUAUUAAUGGGAGUGUGUCUGGUAUGGAACUUAAUAAUUUUCUGUCCCUGCUAAUAAUUGUUUUCACGUCUAGUGAGCGAGAAAAACGCUGUUGAAACUUUAAAUCCAGUGCAUCGUUAGGAAGUUGUUAUUAAUGGGCUUCAGCUGCAUACAUGCAUCUUCAUUACCUAAGCAGGUACAGUAAUUGUUAAGCGCAGAUAUUAGACCAAUUUUAACACAGCUUUUGGACAUGAUUAAGUUUCAGUACAAGUGAGGCAAUAAACACUAUCAUUAGGCCAGUC